GGCACAAAGCGAGAAAGAGAGAGAAGGAAGGAGAGAGAGAAGGAGAGAGAGAGAGAGUGUAUUUUCUCUGCGAAUUUUCUCUCGUUUUCUCGCGGUUUCCCGAGAAACUGAGGAGGCGGGGAGGGUGGGUUCGCCGGAGGGAAUGUCGAGGAUCUGAAUCGGGCCGGACGGCGAGUGCGGAGAGAGACAUCGUCGUCGUCGUCGUCGUCGUCGGAGGGAGCGUUCCGGGGGAGCGAGUCGGAGACUCAGUCCCGAGACGAUUGCGGAGCGGCCCGGCGGCGGUUUUCGCUGGCCGGAGUCAGGUGCAUUUCCGGAGUCCUCGAGCGGUUUCCCGGAGAGAUUCCGGGAGCGAGCUCCUCCCGAUCGGCCGACGCGGGAGAGGCUGUUCUUCCCUACGCGCAGAUCAGCUGCUUCCGGAAUCGGAGAACCGGAAACGUUCAUGAGAGUCGGCGAUUUCGUCUCUGGAAUGUCGUGAUUCGGACGAAUCCCUGUGGCUAGGCCGCGAUUUCCAGUUACGCGGAAGCAUGCUUUUUUGGACAAUCGGACACGCCUGUAAUUCGUGAAUCUAACUAAUAAACGGUGCGAUAACGAUAAUCAAUUGAGGAAAUUUGGCUAAUCCGGAGCUGAAAUCGGGGGGAGGUAGCUGGGGAUUUGGUUCUCUCCGGUUUCGCGGCCGGAAAAAGCCCGUUAAGGACUAUCGAAUCGGAGCAGACGAAGUCCUGUGGCCGAAUCGGAGCUACCGGAUUCGAAUCGGAGGCGGGUCGACGGAGCGAAGGCUAAUCAGCUUCGAAGUUGUGGACUUUCCUGGGAUAAAUACGGAAAGGAAGAUGGAAAAGGACGCGCAGAGGGCCAGCAAUAAUGGCAUCUCCACCACUUCCAACGGCAGGGCCGCCGCCGCCGACGGGGGCCUGCAGCAGAGAUCUGCCUCUGAGGCCACGAGGCAGACGGCGGCGGCGGCGGCGACGACGUCUGACUUCGUGCUGCAGUGGGGGACCCGGAAGCGGCCUCGGUGCAUGAAGGUGCAAGCCAAGGACGACGCGGCGGCGGCGGCCCACAAGGGUCGGGUGGAGCGGCGGGUCGGGAGGGGGCCGAUAAGGACUCGGCCAACCCGGCGGCCAGCAAUCACGGGAACGGGAAUGUGUACUUGGCCAAAAUCGAGAACCCACACCCCACACCCCACGCCCUCCGCUUGCUCCGAUUCUCACGCAAAGCCUCUCGGGAGCCUGUCCCCCUCCACCACCCACCACCACCACCACCACCGAUCUAAGAUCGGACCCGAGGUCAUUUCGGUAAUUAGGAACUCGGAGAAUUCGAGUGCGAUGCGAGGGCAGAGCAACGGCGGUCUCAGGGGCUUCUCUUCGCCGGACAGGGGUGCGCACGACAAGAAGGCCACCAACCACCACCACCCCCAUCCCCACCACCACAGCACCACCACCACCACCACCACCAACACCAACAAUCACCAUCACCAUCUAAACAGCAACAGCAACAGCAACCACCACCACCACCAUCACCACCCCAACCACCACCACCCCCACCACAAUAAUGAGAGCAACAACAAAUCGGCCGCAUCGUCCGAGACCGCGCACGACAGCAAGAAGGGCGGGGGCGGGUCGUCGUCCGGGAGCGGGGACGCGGCGCCCCCGGUCUGGCCGCCCAAAUUCGUGAUCGCCCUGACGAACAAGGAGAAGGAGGAGGACUUCAUCAUCUUCAAGGGGUCCAAGCUGCCUCAGAGACCCAAGAAGAGGGCCAAGGUGGUGCAGCGGACCGUCAAUUUGGUAAGCCCUGGGGCGUGGUUGUGCGACUUGACCCUAGAACGGUAUGAGGUCCGGGAGAAGAAGAUUUCCAAGAAGAGACCGAGAGGAUUGAAGGCUAUGGGCAAUAUGGACUCGGAUUCCGAAUGAAGAGUUGGAUCUGUAAGCUAAGCUUUCAUCGGAGAUCGAUGAGAUUUUGAGAGCUCUUUUGAACUCUUGUCCGAAAACAACAAAGGAAAAGUAUGGGGAAAAAAAGAUAAUUAGACUCUGUAAAUCCGUCAGUUUUAACCUUGGGGGAAGAAUGAAAUGAUUCAUCCUCUCCAUA